GUUUACGGCUAGUUGCGUCAUUCACAGAAAUCUCUAGAGCACUUUACGGCAUUGUUGACAACUGCGGCUGUCCUUCCCCCCUGUUUGUCCCAUGUUGGAGAGUGUGUCGGGACGCUUCGUCAUGACUUAGUUUCCUACAGAAGUGGACACUAAAUGAGCGUCUUCGACCUGUUUCGGGGCUUCUUCGGGGUCCCCGGCGGCCACUACCGCGGAGACGGCCGGAGAGACCCCUUCUUCGAUGGCAUGACCCAUGAUGAUGAUGAUGACGAUGAUGAUGAUGAUGAAGAGGGUGGAUUUUACUAUGACGGGUACCGGGGGGGUCAGCAGGAUCCCUUCGAUCAUGACUGGAGGUUUGGCUUCAGCUUCGGUCCGGACGGAAUGAGGAUCCAGGAGCCUCCCGUGUUCGGGCGGAUGUUCAGGGAGAUGGAGGAGAUCUUCGCCCAGCUGGGCCGCUGGGAGGGAGAGUCUGGGUCCGGUCACUUCGAUGUUCCCAGUAUCAUGCCGCCGCCACCACAGGACAGAGCAGAGGGGGGACGGGGAGGAUCAAGUGGCAACACCCUGAGGGACUUCAUGCUGAAAUCCCCAGAUGAACCCUCUGGCGGCCCCCGGGCAGGACCGUCCGGCGAGCCCAGACGGGAUGGCGGCCCUGCUUUUGAGUCACCAGACUCUCCCAGCGCUCCAUUCCACGGGAUGACGCCUUUCUCUAAGUUCAAUGAUAUUUGGAAGCGGAGGAGCAGUCCAGAGGAAGAGCGGAAAGAAGACAGAGAUCUGGAUUCUGCAGUCUCCUCUGGAGGCCUGGAUCAGAUUCUUACUCCCCCGCCCGCUCCGGCGCCCAGCCAGCCGAGGACCCGGUCGUUCUUCCAGUCAGUCACCGUCACCAAAGUAGUGAAACCUGACGGGACCGUAGAGGAGCGGCGUACAGUCAGAGACGGCCAGGGGAACGAGGAGACCACAGUCACACGCUCAGGAGGCCCUACCAGCCGGGAGCGGCCGGACGAUCAAGGUGGAUCCUCAGGCGGCCUACACCCUUUCCCUGACAUGCGGGAUGAUGACUCAUUAUUUUCCAGACUUUUCAGGGGUUUCAGAUAACUUGUAAAAUGAUGAAUAAUGUAACAUGUAUGCUCUUGACUCAAUAGAAUAUCUUUUUUUUUUCCUCCGACAAGAAAAGAUCUCAGUGUUUGAGUAUUAUUUUCGAGCCUUGGACCAGCGGAUCUCAUGAGGGAUGUGAAACCUUGCUUUCCCCCCACUCUGUACACGGACAGAUCAUUUCACCUUUGAUUGCCAAGACGAUUGCUUUGCAUUUAACUUAGUAGCCUAUUUAAAAUGGCACUGUGACAUCAAAUUGACCAUUAAGGCUGGAUGUUGCCAAUCCUAUUGAUUUUGGAGAAUACGACACAUGAGCCACCAAAGUCAUAUUCCAAAUUUUAUUUUUGUAUUGUCCUGUCGACUGCCCCAUAUUAAUGUGAGCGUAUGAUGGGAAAAAUAAAGACUUAAUAUAUUUA